UCUGGUUGUUUCUUUGUUUGUCCACGUUAGUAUACUAGUAUGGAACAUGAGGAAUACGGAGAUGGGGAAAGCGAUAAGCGGAUCAACCCUUGAUUGCUUGUGGGGACGGAGAUCGACACCUCAGGCAGACACAUUAUCCGACAGGUCGAACUCCGCCAACCACCGCCUUCAUCGCGCCCGCAUUGUGAUAUAGCAGUACAGAACCUCACCUCCAACACCACCACCUCUUCGUCCUCUUCUGUCGGGCUAAGACAGACUCAUUCCCUCGACCAUAACCAGCCAAAACAUAUCCGCACGAAACGAAAAUGUCUUCCCUCACCCCCGAUCAGAUCAAAACCCUCGAGCAAUCGCGUCAACGCCUCGUGCAACUGACGCAUUCCCUGGCCUCGUUGAUCAACAGUCUGAACCAGAGUGAUCCCCUGCCUUCGUGGACCUCCCUGCAAUCCCAAGCCACCAUCAUCAGCAACAACCUCCUCACCAUCUCUGACCACCUCUCGGACAACCGCGCCCUCCUCGCCACCCUCGUCGCCUACCCGGCCCCCUCCUACCCCUCGCGCAAUCCCGCCAACACCGUCGCCCUCGAGCAGCUGCUGCGCACGAAACUCGACCCCCGGGUCGAGGACUGGGUGGCGCGCGGCCGGAAAGCCGGUGGGUCGUUGGCGUCUGCCUCGCCGCCGUUCGGGCCGGGGAACCCGGGGAAUGGCUACGGCGGUGCCGCAGUGGGAGCGGCGGCUGGGGGCGACAGCGGCCAAGGUAAAGGGCUGGAUGAUCUGGCCGCGCUGUCCGAGCUCUGGGAUUGGGCGCCAGUGGAGGCGAACCAGGAGGCGCGGCGGAGGAACUGGGGCGGGAAUUUUACGUUGGAGGAGCGGGAGCGCGGGGUCGGGAAUGUGGCGACUGGGUUGCGGCGGGUGUUGGAGGAUGAUGACAGCGAAAGUGGCAGUGAGGAGGAGGAGAGUGGGGACGAGGAAGGGGAGGGGGAGCCGGAUGAGAUGGAGGUUGUGGGCGUGAGGCGGAAGCCUGGGGUCGGACAGGGCUUGGAGUUCGAUAUUGCGCCGGCUGCCCCCGGGCAUGCUGCACACCAGAAGGUGGUGGCGCCGGUGGUGCCGCUGGAUGAGAUCUUGCGGUUUAUGACCGUCGGGAUUAUGCCGAGUCAGAGGUGAUUUUACUCGUUACACGGAUUACAGGGAGCGGGGGAAGAUUUGUGGGGAAAAGCAGAUUAAAGGUUUUCUGGGGUUGAAGAAGCUAAGAUGGAGGAGGCGGAGGCCACUUAACCACGUCUCCGGGUGGUGGGAGUCUUGCCCGAUGACCUGGGCGAGGAGAUGCCCGAGCUGGUGGCGGUUGGCUUCGGGGUCGAGACGCCCGCGGCGCUGGCGCUGGCAAUAGGCUUGCCCGGGGUCUUCUUCUUGACCUGGGACUUGGCCGGGCUGUUCCAGUAGUACAGCAUCUGAGCCGCGAGGAUCAGGUUCAGCGAGAAUCCAGCAAUGAAUCCGUACAGGAUCAGCUUGUCGUCCACCUCUUGCAGAGUGGUGAAAAUGCGCGACAGAGAACCGGCGAGAUAGUUGAAGACCUGGGACCAAGACAAUUAGCUAUAUUGCCUAUGAGAAGACACCCGUAUCACAAAAGACUUACGGCAAAUGCACUCAGC